AUGAGCUCGUCUCUAAUUCAUAUAAGCGCAGGACAAGUUCGAGAGGUCCUUAACUGGCGUCUGGUAUGUGAAGCUGUAGAGGAAGCCAUGAAGUCGGUUGCGCGAUCACAGUGCGAUACCAAUCCUGAUUACUGUAGAACACAAACUAAUCAACCAGCACGAAGUCUGACAUUUUGUGGAGAUGAAAGCAAGAUUCUCCUUACCAUGCCUGGAUACGUAGGAAACUAUAGUUUAGCGUCUGUGUCAGGUGAUGGUCAAAAGUCUAUGUUAAGUACCUUGGGCUGUAAAUUAGUGACAUCAUUUGCGAAAAACAGUGAACGUCAAACCCCCUUACCCAAGAUUUUGGCAAAUAUUCUUAUUUUCAACACGGAUACCGGCCAAUUGGAUUGUAUUGUUGAUGGUACAGAUAUUACUGCUUGGCGAACAGCGGCUGCCUCUAUAGUAGCCACUAAGCACUUAUACUUUCCACGCUAUCCCGAGGGUGUUGCUCGUCCCAUUAAAGUUGCAAUAGUAGGUACUGGGGUUCAAGGUGAAAGUCAUGCACUCGGAAUGUGUUCAGUUUUUGCAGUUAGUGAUAUUUAUUUGUGGAAUCGUACAAUCAGCAAAGCUGAAUCAUUGUUGAAAAAAUUACAAGGAGCGCAUCCAAAUGUUCGCUCUCAUUUAUGCGCAAGCGCUUCUGAAGCAGUAGCUGAAGCGGAUGUCAUUUGUGUGGGUACAUAUGCUCCGACCGCUUUAGUUACACAUCAGAUGAUUAAGAAAAGCCAUGUUCAUAUCAAUACGGUUGGAGCUGGUCAAGUGCACUUUGGCGAAAUUGGUUCAGACAUUUAUGAUAACGCGAAAGUAUAUAUUGAUUCUUGGGAAAAUGCAAAGAAAGAGUUGGUUGGUUUGCAAGCUGAAAUAAUAGGAGAAGUGGGGGAAGUAAUAAAUUCUUCGAAAUAUCCACUUAAUGAUAAAAUUACAAUAUUUCAAUCGAUGGGCAUGGCAGCAGAGGAUGUAACAGUGGCACAAUCUGUUUUUAAUGCAGUGCAGAAUCUCAAGCAGUAAUUAUAAAGUAUUUUCGGAACCUCAAGGACGUGAUUUUUUUUUUGUGACAUCGAAACAAAAGAUUAAAAAUUGUUUGCAGUAACGAUUUGGUCAGAAAUAUUGGAGCCAGGCCAGUACGGGAACGAGGCAAAUACAAACAUAAACAAAAUAAGACAGCUGGUCGCAACGUUACCAUCUGAGAAUAUAAUUUUGGUUCAUCCAAUUGAUGCGAAACUACUGCAUUAUAUUAGAAUUAUAAAAAUGAUUUAUUAUGUUAUGAAUAAAAUUUGUAUUAACUUAAGCAAAACACUUUUAAUAUAUUUUAAAAUAUUUUGAUAUCUUAAUAAUAAACUUACACCAUGCAUUUACAUUGUAUAAAAUUUCAAAUGAAUAAUGACUAUAGUAAAUA